UAUCGUAUUGUGGUACCGUCGUGAUACAAUAUGCUCAGUUAGGUACUUAAACAUCAGACACCUGGUGAACUUGGUAACUAAUGUACUAGCGAGAUGUUCGGUCACCUCACGAUAGCCGUUAUAUUCAUCGGUGGCGGUGUUGCUGUUGCAAUUUCUAAUCCAGAGGAGACCUGCGUGACCAAUGGGCAUAUUUACGAGAAGGGAGACAAAUGGCAACCCUUGGGUGAAUGUGCUGAAGCUACUUGUACAGGAAAUAAUGAUUAUUCUAAAUUACGGUUGGUGUAUUGCUCAUUUGUAUUGCACUGUAUUACAGAGGAGACCUGCGUGACCAAUGGGCAUAUUUACGAGAAGGGAGACAAAUGGCAACCCUUGGGUGAAUGUGCUGAAGCUACUUGUACAGGAAAUAAUGAUUAUUCUAAAUUAGGCUGCCCUAAGAUCGCAGUUGAUAAAAAAGCAGGAUGGACCUUAAGCAAGGAGGAUCCUAGCCAAUCCUAUCCAGCCUGCUGUCCGCAACCAGUUCCUCCUAAGAAUGGCAACAAAAAGACUUCAUAGAAAUAUCCUGAAUCCUUUCCGGAUGGCACGCCAAAAUGGUUGCCCAAGAUAAUAGUCAAAGAAAUUAAAUUUUAAUUUCAGUUCA